GUAAGGUCAUCAUUAGUAAGGAUCCAUCACGAAGGCACAGUGACUUCUCCAACUUAACAACUCGCCUUGAUAACAAGUGGAUGGUGUGGACAAUAAGCUGUGUUGUGCAUAACCCUGCAUACAGAGCAGAUAGCUUGAGUUGAUGCUAGCUGAAAAUGCUAACUGGACCUAUGGUCUGUUGUUGUCAUUGAGUAGAAGUCAAACGAGGCUGAAGCCCUGAACUGAACCUGACAGCACAGACACCCCGAGCUGCUUGUUGUUGUUGUCUGUGUGAGCUCAGUACACCUGCUGUGGUGAGUCUGUCAAACUGUCAACACAGGGACGGUGACACCCAGCACUAUUUAGCCAGCUAACGGGCUAGCUAACACAGUGUGGCGACAUUCAAAGGAUGUAGUGGUGACUUUAGAGCCACGGGUGCGGAGUCAGUCGUGUCCUCCUGGCUGCCUGACUGGAAUGACUGACACAGCCGCUGGGUGACAUGGAUCUUCCUCUGACAGCAGCCUGGCUCACGGACUGGACCAGCUCAAUGGUUUCUCACUCGUCUGUUGACAAGCAGCACCAGCGAUGUAUGUGAGCUGGCUCCUGCGGUGCAGCCUCAGGCUGGAGAGGAAACACUUGGCAACUCGUUUAGUCCAGCAGAGAGCUCUGUCGGGGGCAGAUACUGUCAACGCACUCAGACCGUUUUACUUUGCUGUCCAUCCAGACUUCUUUGGUCAACAUCCCAGAGAACGGGAAGUGAAUGAGAACUCAUUAAAGAGACUUAAUGGCUAUUUGGAAAACCUGCAGAAGCAUGGCUCACGCUCACUUCAGCCAAUGAAGCUCACCUUUUAUGUCAGGGACACGAAAGAGAACAGUGAUAUGCAGCCAGACCUCCUCGGCCCAGGGUUCCGGUCAGUGAGUUUCACCCUUCAGACACACGAUGUCUUGAGCACAGUGAUCAACGUGUUGAAGUCCUGCAGCCUGUCCGUGGAGCACAUGAAAGCCCUGAGAGCAAGCGCAGAGACGUCUAAAAAUCCACGUGAAGCAGGUGUGCCAUUCUAUAGACCCAUCAAAUGGGAUAAGAGCUACUACAUCUUCACUGGUUUCAGGGACCCUGAGCAGGAGCUGCAGCAGGCCAGGGAAAUUGAGCCUUCACUCAGCUUGUGGCUGAGAAACAAUGAGCCUGAAGCAACGAAGAAGCACAGUGCUAGUCUUCCUCGGAGAGAGGAGCUGAACAGACUGAAGAGGGAGCUGUGUCACAGAUUUGAUCUGGCUGAUAUCAGGUGGCAGCGCAGCUGGGGAGUGGCCCACAGAUGCUGUCAGCUUCAGAGUCUGAGCCGUCUGUCACAGCAGAGCCCAGAGGCCCUGGUCCACCUGCAAGGACACACAGUUAUGUUUGCUGACCAGUCAGGGAUGAACGCCUCUGGACACGUUAUGCUGGGAACCAUGGAUGUUCAUAAUCAGUGGACCAAAAUGUUUCAGCAGCUGUCCAGCUAUCGUAGCCUGCAGCAGCAGACAGACUGGCUGAAGGAGAGGAUCAGCCUCCUGCUGGGUGGUGCUCAGGUAGUCCACAUGGAGAGACUGGGACCAGUUCAGCCUAUCUCUGAGCAUUACAGCACCCUCAGCACCUUCCAUAAGAGCCUGAUGUCUGGACAGCUUCGCCUGCACCCCAGAAGUCUGCAGGGGCUCAACGUGUCAUUGGCAAAUGACCGCACUAACCUUAGUCUUCAUGAGAUGGGGCAGUUCAUCAUCCCAACCAACUGUGACCCUCCCAAGCUGCAGGUCUUCCUCCAAAGCCACGCGGCCGAGGCCAGAAUGCGCACCAAUCGCAAAAAACAGCUGCAGGCAGAGGAGGAUGCUGUGGUGAAGCAGUGUCUUCAGAGUCUUUCUCUGAGGAGUCUGUCCAAGGAGCCCAGUGUCAGUUCCAGUCAAAUGAUCCUGUGCUGUAAAAGGCUGCUGGAGCAGCGCUCCCCCCUCAUGCAGGGCCUACACAUCUGUGUCUCUCACUUCUACUCGGUCAUGCAGGACGGGGACCUGUGUCUUCCCUGGGACUGGAAGAGCUGAGCUAAAGAGACACAGUCCCAGCUGCAGGAUAUCACUCAGUCAAGAGUUGGAAAGAAAUGUUUCAGCGGUUUGAUGUUGUUUAGACAACAAAUACACAUCUGGAACAGGACUGUUUGUUAGAUAUCAGGUCACAACAGAUGCCAUAUCUGAUGGUUGUUAAGGGAAAACUCAAGUGUUUCAUUCAAGCAAGCCCGUGUGCUUGUCCAAUAAAAAGCACUUUAUCCUCCUGCUGAAAAUCCCCACAGGAAAAUCGGGUUGGUCAGCAGAGGUCAAACUUCCCAACCUGGGGUUAGGACUCCUCAGGGUGUUAGAAUUAGUUUUACAUGAAAGGGAAACAAUUAACAAUACUAAUGCAUAUAAUUUUUGUACUUUUCUCCACUUUUGCUUAUUUACUAACUUGACAAUCUAUAUAGGCCAUGUUUGACUUGUAAUGGCCAGAAGACAAACGGUACGGAACCAUAUUAAAAGUUUAAUAGGAUCUAGGUCUCCGGGGUUAAAACGUUGUUUAAGGCUUGGUCUGAGAAAGUCAGUAUUUGUUGUUGCUGUGUGAAUUGCACUGGGAAGGAAUUCAAUAACGAUUCUGUAACACACACUACCAGAGAGCUAUAUGUAAACAGAAGAAGUAAAUACACCAUUAAAUACAAAAGCCCAGGUUACUACUCUAAUCGACUGACAUGAGUAUAUCUUGCUUUAAAUAAACCUGGAGUCUGACUUCAUCUAAAGGCCUCUGUGCUUGUUCACAGGAAAAGUGACAGACUGUGGAAUAUGAUAGAUGAGAAGUCGGGAGUUUCAAACCAUAGCUUCAUUGUUCAUCAAGAGAUCAGAACAGAAACUUAUUUAUGUGACUAUGGGAAGACAUUUAACCAGGCAUUAACAAUCCUACUGUGUCAUGUAACCUUAUGAAGAACGUAGUGUCACCUUUAUGUCAUGUGUAGAGAAAGGACUCACCAGGACUGAGACGUAUGACAAGCUUGCUUCACUGAACCUUUUCAGACAUGAGACAUUUCAGAUGCUGGAGUAGAGUAUGAGUCCUUCGGCUAUGGAUCCAUGCUUAUUUUGUGUCCGGGUGUGUUUAAGCAAUACAGUGAAACACAGGGAGGUGGAGAGAUGUGAUCCCUGGCCUUGUCUGAAAUCGCUCCAUCUUUCACCACUCAUUCACUGCUGCCUCUACUGACACUAGGUAGUGAGCAGUAACCUGGGACUUUAAAUCUUUUACCUUCUUCAACUUAAAGCAUCACGACUGUUGUGGUUAUAAUUCUCACACCUGAAAAAUGUGGACCUAAUAAAAUGAAACUGUUAAUUUUGACUCCCGUUAAUGGGAGAGGACACUGGACUGGGAUUUGAUCAUUAAUCACAUCAGCUCCCUCUCUUCAGUGCAAUCUUUUUUAUGCAAUAACAUGUCACAGUAUAUUGUAAAAUGUAAUGCUUUAGGGGCCAUGCUGUAAUUUGCACAUCCUAAUGCUGUUAUUGUUUGCAUGAUUCACAGUCCAAAUCUGCCACCUGUAUUUGUCGAGUAAUGUAUAGAGUUGCCAUGUAAACCAGUGUUUUGUGUACUGAAGUCCGAGAAAUGUCAUAAUCCUCAUCAGAAAAAAGACAAUCUAAUUAUAUUUUCCAACCUAGUUGGCAUAUGGAUUUAUAGAGAGAGGGUCAAUCCAGCAUUGAGGGGGUGAUCACUGUCAGGAGGUGGUCACUGUGGCUUCCACUGCUCACCAAGCAAAACUAGAGGUAUUCAAGAGUCACACGACUAACAGUAAAUAAAAUUUAUUUUAAUUGCUCAGACAA